AUGGGGAAUGGAAUUAAUAAGGUCCUUCCAGAUCUUUAUCUUGGUAAUCUCAAAGAUGCGCGUGACAAAGAUCUGCUGAUGCAGCACAACAUCACCCACAUCCUGUCCAUCCACGACACAGCUGCACCUGUCUUGGAGGACAUGACAUAUCUUUGUAUAGCGGCGGCUGAUCAUAGGAAGCAAAACCUGAUCCAGUUCUUCAAAGAUAGCAUCAUUUUUAUCCACAAUUCCAGGGUGAAAGGAGAAGGUUGUCUUGUCCACUGUGUUGCAGGAGUGUCCCGCAGUGUAACACUGGUGGUAGCCUACAUCAUGACGGUGACAGGUCGGGGAUGGGUGGAAUCCCUAGCGGCGGUUAGGGCAGCCCGGCCGUGUGCAGGGCCGAACCUGGGCUUUCUCAGGCAGCUGGAUGAGUUUGAGAACACAGAAUUAAAAGAGUAUCGCACCUGGUGGAAGAACCAGUAUGGAAUGCACCCACUCCACUCCAAUGAUGAAGAAGAAGUUGAAAAACUUUUAAUGCAAAGAUUCAAAGGAAAUGACCUCCCAACCAUCAUCACAAAAUCUCUGGUCACAAGUGGCACUUAA